UGACAACACUCAAUCAAUUCCCUUGCCAGCUACAGAAACUUCUGACAUGAAAGGAGGUGUGCCUGUUGAAACCAGAGGGUGGAAUCCCUUACAUUCUGCUGCAGAGGGUGGUAAUGAAGUUAUAAUUGAGACUUUGCUAUCUUCUGGAUUAGACAUAGAUUCAAGGGGUAAUGAUGGUACAACACCCUUAAUGGUGGCAGCUGCUAAAGGAGAAGAGAAGACAGUAGACCUUCUUCUCAGCAAGGGAGCUGAUCCAUUCCUUAAAAACUUUAUGGGAAGAAAUCUGCUUCAUGCAGCAGCUGAAGGUGGCAACUCUUCCAUUGUGAGAAGCAUGCUCUCUUGUGACAUUGACAUUAAUUCAAAAGAUGAUGAAUCUUCAGCCACCCCAUUGAUAAUAGCUGUUAUGCACAACCAUGUUAAACUUGUGAAAUAUCUUCUUCAAAAGGGUGCUGUUGAACGAAUACGUUUUGCUUCAAGAAUUUAUAUGGACAUAACUCCUUCUGUGAUCCUUACUGGUGUUGAUAACAACACUCAAUCAAUGCCCUUGCAAGCUACACAAACUUCUGGCAUGAAAGGAGGUGUGCCUGUUGAAACUAGAGUGUGGAAUCCCUUACAUUCUGCAGCAGAGGGUGGUAAUGAAGUUAUAAUUGAGAAUUUGCUAUCUUCUGGAUUAGACAUAGAUUCAAGGGGUAAUGAUGGUACAACACCCUUAAUGGUGGCAGCCGCUAAAGGAGAAGAGAAGACAGUAGACCUUCUUCUCAGCAAGGGAGCUGAUCCAUUCCUUAAAAACUUUAUGGGAAGAAAUCUGCUUCAUGCAGCAGCUGAAGGUGGCAACUCUUCCAUUGUGAGAAGCAUGCUCUCUUGUGACAUUGACAUUAAUUCAAAAGAUGAUGAAUCUUCAGCCACCCCAUUGAUAAUAGCUGUUAUGCACAACCAUGUUGAAGUUGUGAAAUAUCUUCUUCAAAAGGGUGCAGAUAUAUCUUUGACAACUGAAUCUAACAAGAGCAAUGCUUUACACAUAGCAUCACAGUAUGGAAGUGUUGAAGCAAUUGAGAUGUUGCUCUCUUAUGAUUUAAGACCUGAUUCAAGAGAUGGUGAGGGAAACACGCCAUUAGCCUAUGCUGCAGCUUGUGGACAGAUAGAGGCUGUAAACUGUCUUCUUAAACAUGGAGCAGAUCCAUUUCUGAAAGGGAAAAAUGGAUGGAGCAUUCUCCAUUUUGCUGCUCAGUCUGGCAAUGUCAUCAUUAUUGAGACCAUGCUUUCUAAAGGUCUUGAUAUUGAUUCCAGAGGUGAAACUCUGGGUUUCACCCCUCUGAUGGUUUGCAUUAAAUUUGGCCAAUUGGAGGCAGCAAAAUAUCUGCUUGAGAAGGGUGCUGAUGAAAGUUCGAAAACCACUCCGGGAAGAAUCUCUCUUUUGUCCCUUGCUUCAGCAGCUGGUUCUAUUGCAGCCAUUGAGAUGCUGCUCUCACAUGGUUGUAACAUUGAUUCUAGAGAUAGUGGGGGAGACACACCAUUGAUGCAUGCUGCACGUCUUGGAAAUACAGAGGUUGUAGAAUAUCUUCUUGCUAAAGGUGCUAAUCCAUUACUUAGAAAUACAUCAGACCUUGGUCUGCUCCAUUUAGCUGCUCUUUCUGACAAUGUUCUCACUAUUAAGGCUGUGCUCUCUAAAAAUCUUGACAUAAAUGCUAGGUAUGCAGUCCUUGGUAUAACUCCACUGUUGUUUUGCUUGACACAGGGUAAACUGGAGGCUGCAAACUAUCUGCUUGCAAUGGGCGCUGAUGAAAAUUUGAAAAGUAAGGACGGGUUGACUGUUCUAUCUGCUGCAGCAAUCAGUGGUAAUGUUGCAGCCAUUGAGAUGCUGCUUAAGCGUGGUCACAACCCUAAUUCCAGGGAUGGUUGUGAUAAGACACCCUUAAUGUGGGCUGCAGAGAUGGGAAAAAAAGAAGCUGUAGAAUAUCUUCUUCCUCUCACACACUAGAGUGUUGUGAAAGGCCACAGAGGCCCACACUUUUAAGAUUACUUGCACAGGUGUAGUUAGAUGUAAUAAAUAUUAGUUUUUAAAUGAAUAGGAGAAAUUCCAAGUUUUUGUUACAUUUAUAAUGGAUUGGAUGAUUAUUGUCUUAAAUUGUAA